AUGCCGUCUCAAGAUUUCAGGCAGGUUCAGAGCGUGCGCCCACCGUGCCGUUUGACUCCCUUUAGAGAGCGAAGCUACACGACAACAAGUGAGCGAGACAGAGGCGGCGCCAAAGGUCUACACACUGGGAACAUCGUCCGUGUGAACGCUGCUGAACGCAUGGCAGAGGUCGGGGUGAACGCAAUAACCAUUCUUCAGGUUUUAGCCGAGAUCCGUGGUGUAGCUGAAGGUAUCCAGGAAAAUGAUGAGCAAGCGCAUCGACUCUCCGAGAGAGUGAAAGCUAUCCAGCCUGGCGUGCUUGCCGUCAAAAACGGCAAAAGAGGCGUUUCUCCCGAGUCGCUGCGUCAGCUCUUCGAAGCUUUGGAGGCAAUCCGAAACUUCCUGCACGGGUAUGCACGAUCGAACUUCCUCAACCGCAUCUGGAGGCGGAGAUCGAAUGCUUCUAGAUUCAGGGUUUUCAGCCACGACCUGUCGGAGGGUAUGCAGGCACUUCAGAUGGACGUCCUCGUGGACGUAUGGGCAAAACAAGAUGUAUCAGACCGCCUGGAAGACAUCGCAAACUUAAAGCAUGAGGCGAGAAGAGGGGAGCGCAACAGGAACGACAACCGCGCAGAGUUUUCAAGAGCCCUGGCGGAACUCGAAAAAGAUGAGCGAUCAGAGCUAAAGGAGCUGUCAGCGUGGGUCGAAAUCGACUUUGACAAUGACCUGGACUUCGAGGGUAGCAUCCGACUUGGGUCGGGGAGUUUUGGAGAAGUAAAAACGGCAAGGUGGAACGGAUCGGAGGUGGCGGUGAAGCACCUCCGAGAAGAUGAUAAUCGUGACCUAAUUCGCGCCAUCAGGAAAGAAAUUCGCACUCACGCCAGCCUUCGCUUCGACCAUGUGGUCCAGCUCUACGCGGCUUCUACCAUCGCUCCCAACCUUUGCAUGGUUAUGGAGUACGCCAGUGAGGGUUCGCUGUGGCAACACUUGCACUCAACCAGGAAGCCGCUCGCACACCCGCUGCAGGCGGCAUUUCUGUUUGAUAUUGCCAGGGGUUUGAUGUUCUUGCACAACAAGGGCAUUCUGCAUCGUGACCUGAAAUCGGCGAAUGUGCUGGUGUUCGCCAACCGCCGCUUGAAGCUUUGCGACUUUGGAUUGUCCAAAGUCAUAGAAGAAUCCUCAAGUAGGUCAAAGAGGGGGCCUGUAGGGACCACACCAUGGAUGUCUCCGGAAGCGAUCAACGGCAGCGCGGCAACUCAACUGACGGAUGUGUACAGUUUUGGUGUCGUUUGCUACGAAGUGGCCACCCGAAUGGAACCGUUCAGAGGAAUGAUGCCUGUGCAAGUGAUGAGGGCGGUUGCAGACAUGGGAAGUCGACCAGAAAUCCCGGCAGGGGCGUCUGCCUCACCCGAUGUUGUGCCUCUGAUGGAGCGAUGCUGGAAGCAAGACCCUGCGCAGCGCCCCGACGGAUUCAUGCCGGUGGUUGAGGAGCUAGGUAGAGUUGUGCGGCGUGUGGGAGACCCUAGACACCACAGCUCGGCUGCGAACGAUGUUUUCUCGUCACCAGGUGCAAAGCACGGUGGUAGUGGUGCGUUGAGUGUUGCCGCAAGUACAGAACCGCUUACGGCCGGGGGCGACCUUAGGGUAUCUCCUCUCAGCAUGACGACCGAGCAGAAACCGAUGGCUGCAACUGCACCAGCGCCGGAACGAUCCGUGCAAGACGCUGGCACGGACCGCGCGGUCCUCAUGGCGCUGUAUGGUUUUACGAAUGGGCCGCCAAGGAAAAGGUUUUUUGGAACGACGAUUGAAGGAUGGAAUAGAUCGAAGGGCUGGGGGACAUCUCGCCCAAUUGGGAAAUGGCACGGCAUUACGGUCGAUGACAACUGCCGGGUCAUCGAGCUGGAACUAGCAGGCAACAACCUUGGAGGACUGAUUCCGGCCGAGCUAGGGGGGCUGACGGCCCUGAGACGUCUGGACCUCUCCGAGAAUCAACUCAGCGGGCCGAUUCCGUCACGACUGGGUGAGCUGACGGCGCUGACAGCUCUGCAUCUCCAUCAAAAUCAACUCAGCGGAUCGAUUCCGGUGGAGCUGGGUGGGUUGACGGCGCUGACAGUUCUGGGUCUCUACCAAAAUCAGCUCACCGGUGCCGUCCCGCCGUCCCUGGGUGGAUUGAAGUUGCUGACCUAUCUGGGUCUCUACAACAACAAACUCACCGGACAGAUUCCGGCGGAGCUGGGUGGACUGAGGGCCUUGGAGACGCUCGUCCUCGAACAGAACCAGCUGAGCGGGCCGAUUCCGUCACGACUGGGUGAGCUGACGGCGCUGACAGCUCUGCAUCUCCAUCAUAAUCAAUUCAGCGGAUCGAUUCCGGUGGAGCUGGGUGGGUUGACGGCGCUGACAGUUCUGGGUCUCUACCAAAAUCAGCUCACCGGCCGACAAGGCAGCGAAAGAGUUGUCUUUUCAGGAGACACUUACACGUCCGCGUUUGGCACCAAUUCGCUAGCUCUAGUAUAGCCAUGCCGCGAGGAAAAUGCUUCCGGCGUGUUGACUGUUUGUUCGAUGGAUUCGCCCCACCAAUGUCUUGGUGUUGUUCUUCGCUGUUCGCAUGAUUUGAAUACAUUCACUGUCGUCGUUGUUGGGGGCGAUCGACCGUGCGAGGCGUUGUCGCGCCAUGUUGACACCGUUGUUUCGUUGGUCUUUGCAUUUGUUCAUGAUGGUUUGCUGUACGGCCAUAGUUGUUGAUUUGUCCACUCCAAGGUCGAGAACGGCGGCAGUGUUUCUCAAAGCGUACUUAUGACUGAUCAGAGAUGCACGUAGUUUUCACAUACUCGGCGUACUGAUUCGCCAAUCGAGCGCAAGUAGUCCUGUCAGCAUUUGCUUCUGUGCAGAUCCGGCGCGUUCUGUCACAACAACAGAUGCUAAAGCGAGCGUUAUGCCCGCCAGGCUGUUCUGGCGUGUUUGAUUGUCUGCUCCGUGUUUGAUGUCCAGCCCGAUAUUUGUGUCCAUGUCUGUGGGCGCUUAGGGCCGAUUCCGUCACGACUGGGUGAGCUGACGGCGCUGACAGUUCUGGGUCUCUCCCGAAAUCCGCUCACCGGUAAGAGACUCGACAGGGACGUGGAAGUCGUUCUCUCGGUGCACGUAGUCCUCAGUUGCGUUCUGUAUUCCCAUUGACGUGUUUUUUCGCCCCCGUCUGUUGGUUCGAAGGAAGCAGAUACACACCCUGCCGUUUUGUUGAGCGGCAGGAGUGGUGUGGAUCUUGGUACCGCCCUCUGAGGGCGGUUGUGGUCUGCGUGGAGGGCGCGCCAGUAAAGAGCGAGAAAUAGUGUAGUCUUGGCUGUAGAGACGUAUCUGCGCGACCACCGGCGACGUUUGUUGUUGCCGUUGUAGAGUUUUCGGAAUCUCAUUUGCUGGCAGGCCGACAAGGUGCCAUCCCGCCGUCACCGGGUGGAUGGAAGUUGCCGACCUAUCUGGGUCUCCACAACAACAAACUCACCGGGCCGAUCCCGACGAAGGCGCUGGGCGGAUUGACGGCUCUGACGGAGCUGUGGCUCCCCGCCAACAUCCUCAGUGAGAUCGACAAGGCGGACGUCAGGCGGAUGCUCCCCAACUGCAGCAUUACCUACGUUUGAUGUCAUCGCCAUGGAUGGAUUUGCACAUGUUUAGACUCGAGCAAUACAAUCAGGGGAGUCAGUGCUGUACCCCUUCGAGUCUUGCGUUGGCACGCAUAUGCUACUAUGGAUGCCCGACUGGCACCUCCGAUACUGUGGCUGCCCUUCGUCUGGCACGGGGACAGGUUUCUGCGUUGUGACGGCAGAUACGAGCAUGUCGCUCACUUUGUUCGGGCGCAACUCUUCGAUGUGGUGGCCUGAAAAAAUACCAUGCUCGUAUGCAUAGACAACAGUAGACUGUACUAUAUGCGUACAUCGCUUCUGACGAUGAGUUGCUGGGUGUUCUCGAAAAGAUAGACCAAGGUGCAUUCUUGUCAUCCAGGAAGGAAUCCCCAUGUUUGGCUCGUUUUACCUUAUCGUUUGGCGGUUUUUGAAUUAAGGGGAUGGUACAUUGGUCAGACGGCAGGGUAGUGAUUCCCUCAGUACCGUUGAGACGUUUUGUCUGUCGCUUCAAGACUUCGUCAAACGAACCCUGCGGAAACCCUACGCCGUGUUGCUUGUGUGGAGGUUCGUUUGUGUCGAAGUAUCGUGUGUGUGGCUUAAGUUUGGCGAUCGUGGACAUGUGUUGGUAGCCGCGUCUCUUCAAGAUCUUUUGCAUGAUUAACAGAGUGGGUAUAUUCCCUUGACAAGGUGUUCUUUGUGCUUCAUGGACAUCGAGUGCUUGUUUUCCUUGUUUUCAACAUUGUGGAGGCCUAGUCUAGAGUGGGCACGAGCGCACCCUGUCCUCGUAUCUUCGCUGCUAACCGCGUUUGGGUAGCUUGUGGUUCGAGUAUGAAUAGUCUACGUGUCCGUCGUCCGCUUCUUGUCACCUUUCUGGGCCUCUUCUUAUGCAAAGUCUGUGCGGGACAAGAGCGAGCGGGGAGCAUCGAUGAACAAGGGGUUGCAACCCCGGUCGUCCCACGGCCGCGUUACGUGGAGUGGAUACUCUUUUUGGUUGCAGCGUUGUUUGUCCACCUUUCGUUCUUGCCAACAAGCGUGUUUGGAUGGUUUUUGAAAGCACCUUCAAUGACCGCAAGCACGAGAGCAGGCGAUCUUGCUCCUUUUAGUCUCGCCCCAGCAGACUUUACUCACGGCAAAAGUAGGCUGGGGCUCGCUUGAGCGGAGAGAUUAUGUAGCUAGCUGGGUUAUAGACGGUAGGCUAAGUUUGCUUUUUACGAUGUUGCUCUUGUUUUCUCGCACCUCAUGGUCGUUCGUGUCAGUGUUGCGAGUUUGCAAUUAGUGAAAUGAACGUAUCCAUACGGCACCUGCUAUACCCCCCUCAGGAUAAUGGAGGACCAUAAUGCGAUGUAAUUAACAUUGCCAACGCAUGUAUGUGGGGGUCCUACGGCUGGAUUGCUAUCCCGAUACGGGCUCGGAGUCGCCGAUUGACUUUUAUACAACGAGGAUAACAACCGCGAAUCUUCACUUGGCACCGCGAG